GUUAAAGCUUCCGCUUCCGUGAGCACCUGAACGCAGCACAGCAUCCUCCGCUGGUGGAGAGAGGAGGACCAGGAUGAGAGGAAACAGAGGAACAGGAAGAAGUGGAUGCAUAUCGAAAGCAAGCAUGAAGAAUAUUCCCGGAAUCUGAGCCGAUCAACGGGGAGAAAAAAAAAACAUCUUUUCUCGGCCAUUAGAGGACGACAGGAAGCGGAGGGAGGCAGCGGUGCUGAAAGGAUGGAGGAGGGGAAGCAGUUCCUUUGUGGGGUGGUGGAAGGUUUUUAUGGUCGACCCUGGUCUAUGAAUCAGAGAAAAGUUCUCUUUCAGUGGAUGCAGCUGUGGGGGUUGAACACCUACCUGUACGGUCCCAAAGAUGACCUGAAACACAGACUUCUGUGGAGGGAAGUCUAUUCUCCGGAAGAAGAAGCUCAGUUGCACACUCUUAUCGUGGAAGCCCAGUCCAGGGGUCUGAGGUUUGUUUAUGCGCUCUCUCCUGGUCAGGACAUUGUCUUCUCCUCUUCCUUCGACAUGACGCUGCUAAAGCGCAAGCUGAAACAGGUAUCAGAUCUAGGGUGCCAGGCAUAUGCCAUUCUCUUUGACGACAUUGAUCAUUCCAUGUGCCAGGCUGACAGCGAGGCCUUCAGUUCCUUUGCCCAUGCUCAGAUCACAGUAACUAAUGAGAUUUAUCGCUUCCUGGGGGAGCCACCUGUCUUCCUUUUCUGCCCUACAGAGUACUGUGGUUCUCUGUGCUCCCCAAGUGUGGCUGAAUCUCCCUACCUGCAAACAGUUGGAGAAGACCUUCUACCUAACAUAACAGUGAUAUGGACAGGUAGCAAAGUCAUUUCCAGGAAAUUGUCCUUAGACUGCCUUGCUGAGUUGGAGUCAGUCCUACAGCGCCCCCCACUGAUAUGGGACAACCUGCACGCUAAUGACUAUGAUACUCGACGUCUCUUUCUGGGGCCUUUCAAGGGCCGUGACCCUCACAUUAGAAGCCACCUGAGGGGUCUGCUGCUCAAUCCCAACUGUGAAUUUGAAGCCAAUUACAUCCCACUGCAUACUCUGGGUAGCUGGUACAGAGCUGAAAAGGAUGAUGUACAAGGAGAGGAAUAUAACUACUGUCCUGAGAGAGCAUUAACAGCUGCACUUCAUGACUGGAUGGAAGAACUUAACCAGCCCCUGCAAGCAGGUCGGCAGGAUUCAAAAGCAGACCAUCGUGCCUCUGUGUCAUCAUCGCGUUCCAAAACACCUGACAGGUCUGACUGUCCUUCCACCUUCAGAGCCACCCACGCGGUGCCCAAACUUCCAGUCUUCCCACUUGAUUCCAGCUCUCCACCCUCAUCCCCACCUUUGAGUAAAGCAGAUAAAGAGGGACGAGAAGGAGAGAAAAAACGGUCACAGCAACAAGGUCAACCUCUUGCAGCAUCAAAGUCGGCAGCACCUCUUGGUGGGGGCCGGGCACAGCGGGAACAGCGGGCACAGGGUCGUGGACUCUGCAAUGGAAAGGGGUUACUAAGUGAGGCCCAGGUGCGGCUGCUCGUUGGUCUUCAUUAUCUCCCCCAUGAGCAUGGUCCCUCAGCCCAGAAACUCCUGCAAGACCUAACCUGGCUAAAAUCAAACUGCCACCUAGUUGGUGCAAACAGCAAGAAGCCACAACCUCAGAAGGUUGACGAGUGGCGUGGGAGAGCCUCCAGAUUCUUAUCUCUAUGUGAAGACAUAGCUCAGCUACACUGCAGCGUAGUGGGAGGAGCCAACAGGGCUGUGCUGUAUGACCUGUACCCUUAUGUGUGGGACCUGAGGAACACCGCUCUGGUGGCCAAAGCCUUCAUAUGCUGGCUGGACGGGCGAGUGCUGAGUGACAGCUCAAGCCUCGGCUCCUGGAGGAACUGCUUUCACUGGUGUGGGAAGACCACAGGAGCAGACCAGCUGGGAGUGGACUCAGAGCCUUGGGUGUUCAAAGGGGGAGUGUCAGGGGAGGUGCAGAUGCUCCUACCGGUAGGCAGCAGCAGUGAACUUUUCACUCAUCCCCCUCCUCUCUUUCCUACCUCUCGUCUUUACAACAUCAGGCCCUAUCACAGCAAAGACAAGGUGGAGCUGUAUCGCAUGGUCCGCCAGCUUCACCUGAGGACUCAAGGUGGACAAGAGUCCUCUAUGGCUCACCCUGAUGUAAUCGGGGACAGGUGUCUUGGUCCAUGUCUGGCACUGAGCCCUGAGUACAGCUUCAUCUUGGAAGAUGAGCUAGGCAUUUGUGGCUGUGUGCUUGGCAUCUUAGAUGUCCGCUCCUUUGCUAAGCGAUGCCAGGGCAGCUGGAUUCCUGCCAUGAGAGAUAAAUACCCACCUAAAGGGAACGGCACACACUCAAACACAUUGGAACUGGUCCAACUGAUGGAGGAGGACCAGGGUGAGUACCCAGAUUCGCUCCUCUAUCACUUCCCCUCCCAACUACGUCUGGAUGCACUUCCUGAGCUGGUGGACAUCAGUGUUAGCCGAACGCUGCUCACCGCCCUGCUCACUGCUCUCAAAGCCAACGGUUCUCAGGGUGUCUUCUGUGAGGUGCAGCCCACGGAUCAUCAGAGGCUGGAAUUUCUAACCAAACUGGGUUUCCUGGAGAUCCUCAGAGGAGAAGCCAGGAGCAGAGAGGGGGUGGUUCUCGGAAGGCUGCUCUGAGACCCACAACAUACAGAAAGUCACACAAGCCAUCCCUUAAUAAGAAAUUAAAACUCCUUUGAGAUACAUGAACAUUGAUGAGCUUCUCACAUAAAGUGCAUGGUUAGGUAUACCACCAAAAUUAUUUUCUUGAGGGAGUCUUAAUGCUUGUUUUAACAAAAUGUUGACUUGCUGCCAUUAAUGUCACCUUGUUCAGUCGAUCUAAAGAGUCACUUCCCUAGACAUAACCAUUUUAAAAGUUAGAAAAAAGAACUGUUUGUUUCUCUCAAGGCUAUUACACUUGUUUUCAACUGGAUAUUGCUUUAACAACUGGGAAUUGUUUCUUGUUUGAAGCCCCAUUCUGAAAUUUGCAAAUUGUCAACCUUUUAAGUCAACUGGUUUAAAAUCUGCCAAUAUAUUUAUGAUUUACCACCCCUAAAAAAAUCAAAAUAGGAGAAAUCCUGGACUUUAACUAAAAUCGUUUAGAAUCUCUAAACUCAUUGAGAUAAUGCCAAAUAGAAAGUCCUUCUUCAGCUUUAUGAGAUAUUUUAGAUAACUCAAAUAAUUUUGAUUUAUUUACAUAAGUGAUAGAAAAUAUGACCUAUCUGCCAAGCAAUUGGAAAUCUCAAAAUGUUCAAUAAAGCAUUAAAGAGAUUGAUAUAGAUGCCAUCCGGUUGCCCUCAGAUAAAUGGAAAGCACUGCAUGUUCUAAACUGACUAUGGCUUAUACAUCACUUAAAAACAACAAGAGUUGUUGCACAAAAAAUUUAAAAAGUAGAGACUUGCAGGAAAUAAAACUGCUUAUUACCCAAUGUAAAGGGUAUUUAAGAAAUCCUAAAGCUUGAAUAGGAAGCUUGAUCAGGUGAUCAAAAAUGUUCUGAUGUCUUUACAUUUUAAUACAGGCAUGAACCCUAGGAUAAUUAAGCCAUUUAUAAAAUAUGAAAUAUUCUUUAGGUUUCAAACAUUCUUUAAGGAGCUGCUAUAAUAUUUUUAAAAACUGUUCCCCUUCAUUUAAAAACCCAAUUCAUGUAAAGCAAAACAUGUGUUUUCUCAGUUUGUCACACCACUGAAAUAUGUUUUAUCAAUCACCUAUCCAAAUUUGAAUGAUUAAAAACACAACUGAGCAUCUAAAAUUAGGUCUUAAAAGUAACGGAGAAAAAAAUCAGUUUCCUUAUCUUUUAGAUGCUGGUGCAGAUCUGUUUGGGCCGCUGAAAUCACAUCCAAUUCUAUUUCAUUGCAACCCUUUUAAAGGAAGAAAAAUACAUCGCCCUUUAAGACAUGCAGAAAAUCCUGAAACGCAGGAAUAUUGAAACUAGGGUUUAAACAAUUAAUCUGAUUAAUCAAUUAUUGAAAUUAUUGUUAACUAAUUUAGCAAUUGAUUAAUCAUUAAAUGAAGUAUGAAGACUCUAAAAUAUGCCUUUUAGCUGACAGAACAACCUAGUUAGAGAAGUAAUCUCAAAAUUGUAAAUAAAUAAACAUUUUAAGAUAAAAAAAAUAUGUUUUCAUCUGUCAAUAUGCUUUAUACAAAACUCAAGUGGAAAAGUUUUAGUUUCACUUGUUUAAUUUAAAAAAAAAAUCUUUAAAGAAGCUUUGGCUAUCCAAUUAUUAAUAGAUCAAAUAAGAUUAAUCGAUUUGCAAAAUAUUCAUUAGUUUCAGCCCUAAUUGAAACCCCAAUUUACCUUUAGUACCACCGUGUAAUUUUUUUGCACUGUGGCCCUGUGGCAAUUUUUUUUUACAUAUGUAAAGCACUACAUGUAUGACCAUUAUGUGUUUAGAAAAAAAAACUGGGGAAUUCUUCUGAAACGGCCUUUAAAGUUUUUGUCAUGCUUUGUUGUAAACAAGUGUUUAAAAUAAGGUCACAAUAUAAAAUCUAAGGAAUUUUAUUACAUUUUAUAAAUGUAACAAUAAUUUAUAAUUUACAAGCAGCAUCUAACAACAUUGGGUGCAUCUCAACAAAAGGGUGAGAUGCAGACCUGUUGCAGCAAUCUUUUUUUUUUUUUUUUCCUACUCUGGGUGAACUUAACUGCUUUCUUGGUUUUCAUUUCAAAAGAAAACGAGCACAAGACAAAAAAGAAAAAAUUUAUUGAGGAAAACCUGCUUAGCAUCAAACUAAGGAAACACAAGGUUAAUAACCAGUUAGUAAGCACUAACUUUUGCAUGACAUUAAAAACAAGAAUUUUAAUGUCAUGCAGGUAACAAUUCUAUCUUAAAUUUCUAAUUUAACUGGGCUUUCUAGUUGUUUUAAUGUACUGUUUUUUUGUGAACUUGAAUAGUCAAGCAUUUAUGUUCGCGUGGAACAUCCUACUGUUCAAGCUCUUGUUUACAGUUACUGAUGCUUUUGACAAAAACCCUUUGGAUUGUGCUCCAGACUGUUAACUUCCUACUAGUUCAGUGGAAUCUAUGGCAAAUCGUUUAAACUAUAAAAGUAAUUAAUAAACAGUUGUGCUUGAAAGUUUAAAUAGCUUCCCAUUAAAGAAAAAAUAUGAAUUCACACCGGUAAUUCAAAUAACACAAAGCUGAAUAUAUAAUA